UUCAGGGAAGGAAAGAGUGUCAAUGGAGGAAGUGCCGAUCGAGCAGCAGCCAGGGGAUUCGAAGGCAUUGAAGAAGAAGACAACGAAAGCUGAGAGGCGGGCUCUUCAAGAGGCUCAACGAGCUGCUAAACCGGAAGGAAGUAAGACACAGGCUGCUGCUUCUGGGGUCAAUGCUGUAAAUGCCAAUCCAGGAAAGGUUCCAAAGGUGACUCCGUCAAAGAAAGACAGCUCUUCUGUUGCAGCUUCUGAGAAAAGAGGCAGCGAUCGUCAACCAGAUAAAGAUAGGAAGAAAGAUGUCCCUCAUCCACGGAUGCAGUUUGACGAUGAAAACCGAGUUGAGAAGGCAAAAAAGCGAUCUGUCAUGAAACGAACUGAAGCCAGGAGCAGAGUUGAACUAUUUAGGCAUCUACCUCAGUAUGAACAUGGAACAAGGCUUCCUGACCUUGAAUCGAGGUUCUUCCAACUCGAUCCUAUUCAUCCUGCUGUUUACAAGGUUGGGGCAAGAUAUUUAGCUGGGGAUAUCUCUGGUGGAAAUGCACGCUGUAUUGCGAUGCUUCAAGCAUUCCAAGAGUCAAUUAGAGACUACUCAACACCACCAGAGAAGUCCCUUAUUAGGGACUUGACCACAAAAAUAAAUGGUUAUGUCUCAUUUCUGAUCGAAUGCAGACCCCUUUCGAUCAGCAUGGGGAAUGCAAUUAGGUUUCUUAAAACUCGGAUUAACAAAUUAGCUUUAAACCUAUCUGAAUCAGAGGCAAAAGCCAGUAUUCUCUUGGACAUUGAUCGUUUUAUAAAUGAGAAGAUCAUUCUAGCAGAUAAGGUAAUAGUGAAGCAUGCUGUCACAAAAAUUAGGGAUGGUGAUGUUCUUCUAACUUACGGAUCAUCAUCUGCCGUUGAAAUGAUAUUAUUGCAUGCCCACGAGCUUGGCAAACAAUUUCAAGUUGUGAUAGUGGAUUCACGCCCAAAGCUUGAAGGACAGAUGUUGCUUCGCAGGCUGGUGAGGCAGGGUAUAAGUUGUACAUACACUCAUAUAAAUGCUGUUUCUUAUGUCAUGCUUGAAGUGACAAGAGUAUUGUUGGGUGCUUCAUCGGUGUUGUCCAAUGGCACCGUUUACUCAAGAGUGGGAACUGCGAGUGUUGCUAUGGUUGCCCAUCAGUUCCGCAUUCCUGUCUUGAUUUGUUGUGAAGCAUACAAGUUUCAUGAGAGGGUUCAACUUGAUUCAAUUUGCUCUAAUGAACUUGGUGACCCUGAUGCUAUUGCAAGGGUUUCCGGGAGAACUGAGAUCAAUUAUUUGGAGGGUUGGACCAAUAGUGAGAAUCUCCAACUCUUGAACCUGAUUUAUGAUGCUACUCCUUCAGAAUAUGUUUCUAUGAUCAUCACAGACUAUGGCAUGAUCCCACCGACAAGUGUUCCAGUUAUCGUUCGAGAAUACCAGAGAGAGCAUUUAUGGACAUAGAGACGUGCAGUGCGACUUCUUCCAAACGUGGAAGCAAUUUUGUGGCCCAUGCAGGAACAUAACAUUAUUUAAUCUUCAUUGGAUCAUCUUUGGGAAUAAGGUUUUGUGUCUCAUUAAUGCAUUUUCUGUUUUUGUUUACAAAUUUUCGCCUGAUUCUGAAGAGAGCGAAUUUUCCGCCUCUCGGAGCAGCUUUUAAGAUGUAUUUUGGGUUGUGACUAGCUAUGGAGAUUGUUUUCAUCUUCUAUGAACGUUUUUUUUAGAGAAAGUUUUGAAUCGUUA